UUUGUAACAUUUCUUUUUCACCUGACAAGAUAUUAAAUUUGACAUUCCCCCUAUUGGCUGGCUAAAGUGAACUGUUGCUCAUCUCAUCUCCUGUGUUACAAAGCGAUUGUGGCCAAGUUUAAAUCGUUAUUUUCACCUGACCUGUGGUACUAAGUUUUUCCACCUGAAGAAUUAGGUAACCUGACCAAAAAAGAGUGUCAGGUGAAAACUGUUUAUAAAUCAAACCUAUCUCUUGGCUGUGCAGUAAAUAGAUAAUUGAGGACUAUCAUUGGCUGAACUGGACUUUUUUUUUUUAACUAAAGAAGAAGACUCCCACCCCAGCUAUUGUUUAAAAAGAUAGAUUGAUUUCUUAGGUGGGGAAUAGAACUGUGUCAUAUGGGUGAACUCUUCUUUUGUUACAGUAUUCAGGACUAACAUUUAGCCAUGGGUCAGAAUCAAUCUACCAGAACUCCACGGGAGGAGAUCAAGGGCCCCCCUCCCCGACCGGCAGAGCGCCCAACUUCUCGCCUCGUGAGUGACCUAGGACCAAAGGGUCCAAGUUACUACAACCCAGCCAACUGUGUCCUCCCCUCUGCCCUAACAGGACUCAAGGACGUACAACUCCGACCUGUGUCCAAGGAACUCUCUCAAUAUCAUCCGGAUUUCAAGGAUAUCUUUUCUAGUCCCGAUGCCAAUGAAAAUGAUCUAACUUCGGGAAAUGUGACAUUGAAUGGUGAUAUUUCAAAUGGAGAUUUGUCACAUGAUGAUAUAUCUAGUGGACAUGACAGCAGUGAUAUUUUAUCUAGUUCGUACCCAGGAGUGCAUAAUUCUCCACUGGCAAAUGGCUUGCCUUAUUCCUCAGCGUACGGAAGUGGUAGUACUGCCGAUAAUGGUACACCAGUGCAAUCUGCUUCUGGGAAAAUUAGAGGGCAUCGCAGACAGAUGUCAGCCACAUCUAGUCUAUACAUUCGUGAAACUAUUCCCGAGGAUCCAAAUGAGGAAUCUCUGGAUGUACGUGGGAAAAUUGAUCCAAUUUCAAUGGAUACUAGUUACACUUCACAAGUUUCUAUUCCUGUGAAAAGUUCGUUUGAUUUAGAUCAAUCCUACAAUAUGACUUAUGCCCAACUUGCUGAAGCUCGAAGGAGCAAAACUUUAAUGGAUAUUGAGAAACGAACUGGUAAAAAACUAGAGGAUCUAAGUCAUGAUCUAGCAGAUAAUGCAGAAGAAGGAUCGUUUUCCAGACAACCCUCAGUGCGGAGCAUGAAAAGUGCUGUGAGUUUAGACACUGGUCUCAAAAAGAAAAAGAGGGCUCCCCCACCCCCCAAUCAUCCACCACCUCAACCCCCAACCUCAUCACCUCAGAAAACCUCCUCCUCACAACCUCCACCAAGACCUGCUCACCUUCCACAGAAAAAGGCACAUUCCUUUGAGGAACCUCCAGCAGAUUAUGAUAUGGACGUAGUGGACAAUGCACAAGUGAAACGCUCCCACAGUUUACGCACCCCAGCUGCCCCUCCUCCCCCUCCCCCUGCAACAAAAUCUAUUUUGAAAAAAUCAGGACCCAUAAGUGGACCAACUAGACAGAACAGUCAGCGUCCGCAAAGUGCAAUACAGACUACAGCACAUAGUGCACCAACAACCCCUCGUUCUACCUCCUUGUAUAAAUCCCCUCCUGUUCUUCCACCUGCUGCUAAAGCAAAUCAGUCAAACCCAUUCUUGAUGGAAAUUCAGAAGAGAGCUGAAAAAAUUUCGAUUAGGAGACAGUUGUCCGAGCAGGCAGAAACAGAGAAGAAAGCCUCUGAGGAUCAGUCUCCCCCUGUUGAGGAGCCUGCAGAAAAAGUGGAAGAUCUUAACUUUACUGAUAUAUCAAAGGCCGAGGAUGAACCUAAUCUUGUUUACCAAAGUGCUCCUGUCACACCUCGUGAGACCCAGGACAAAUAUUCCCCCAAACCUCCCCCACUUGUUAGGCAAAGUUCUAUUGAUUCAGGAGUUGUUGAGAGUACAAACACAAAUAUCGAAACACGGAAGCCAGUGGAAGCUUUUCAAAGACAGCCAUCAGAAACAUCCACAACUAGUGGUGUGUCAUCUAAUGACAGCAACAAUGCAGCUCCAGCAUCAAGAAAACUUAGUUCCUUGCUGCAACAUGAUAUUAAAAUUGCUGCUCAGGCCAAAGCAACGAAAAUGGUGAAGCAUACGACUCCUGUGAAAGAAAAACCAAAGGACCCUGCACAAGUUUUCCGGGAGCAACUACAGAAAGCUGCUGCAGAGAGAGAAGCUAGAUGCAAGGAAGGUAAAACAAUCGACUCUCAGCUGGCAGAGCAGAAAAAGAGGGAACAGGUGCAGGAAGAAAACUUGGUGUUCAAAUCUGACACAGUCACAGUAAGGCACUCUGAGAGCACCAAAGAAAACGGGGAAGUCAGUGAAACUAAGGACUUGGGAAAAGAUGAUGAAGAAAAUAAUGAAUUCCCCAGACCAAAAUUUAUAAAGAAAAGUUCUACUGCUCCUAGUGGACUUAAUGUCAGGAAUUCUCGGCAACGUCAACCGGACUCAGAUGAGGAGGAUGCAAGUAAGAGUUAUCGGGACUCGGUGUACGGAACGAAUGACUGGGUGCCGGAGGAUGACCUCUCAGAUGAUAAUCUGUCUGAUGAUCAGACAAUGACUUCUCCCAGAAAUGGUAUGGAAGGAUUUAAAACAUCCAUCAUUCCACAGAAAGUCAAGGACUUGAAAACAAAAGGCAAAGCUCCUAAAGUCAAGGAAAAGAAAUACAAGAAAAAUUCAGACUCAUCUGCUGAUGAGAGGAGAAAGUUUGAUAGCAUUAAGAAGUUCAAGAAAUCUGUACACAAAAGUGUCAGAAAUGCUUUUGGUUCCAUAAGCAAAGCUUCUGGUAAAAUAAUGAAGAAGCAGAAAUCUGAAGACUUUGAAGUGAUUCAGGAUGUGCCAAGGAAUUGGAAGCUGACAGCUUCUCACUCUGAGCCAUCGUUUGAUCGAAUGAUGAUGUCGAAUGGUUUGGAAGAACGGGAAGAUAGUUCUGAUGAUGACGAGUCUUCUGUGUUAGAAUCUAGUGUUAGUGAAAGUCAUUCUAGUCACAAGGCAUCAGAGAGCAAUGGAAGAGGAGAUGAUGAGCGUAGUGAUGAUGAUGACAAUGAAGAUGAUAAUAAGGAACAUGACAUUAGUACAAUGAAGCGUGCUGGAGUGGCUUAUGUCAACAAAAAGGGACAAAUUGUGUUAUUGCCUGAAUACGAAAGUGUCAAUGGACAUGGGUCAGAACAGUUCGAAGGCUCUGCUCCGAAAUUAAUUCCAAAGAAAAAGAAGUUUACAUAUGAUGCGACUGUGAGAAGAAAAGAAAGAGAAAUGAAGGAGGAAAUAAUUUCAAAAGAUGUUCAAGAAAAAGAAAAACAAAGAGAAGAGGAGAAAAAGAAGGAGAAGGAGACAGAGUUGGAGUUCCGGAGACUGAGGGAGUUGGAAGCCAGGGACAGGCUGCAGCGUCUGGAACUCCAAGCACAGAUGCAGCAACAAUUGCUACAGCAACAGCAGCAACAAUUAGGUUUCCUCUCAGCACCACCUCUACCCCCACCCACACAGUUUCAGCAGGGCUACAACCCUGCAGCUUUUGAGUUCUCAAACUUGAUGAAUCAGCCUGGUCUUCAGCAAAGUGGGAUGGGUCUACCCUACACAGGUCAGCCAACAUACGGUGGACCUUUGUUCAAUGCUGGAGUUCCUGGAAUGAGCUAUGAUCUAACGGACUACAUGAGAAUGAUGCAGGGAAUGCAACCCAAUCAGAACAUAACCUCUGCUUAUGGAUUCAUGAUGAAUGGAACGACCUGGCCAGGACCCAUGAUGGAUGUGAGCAAAGGUUUUGUGGACUAUUCUAAAAUGCCAAACGGGAGUGUGCAGACUGAUGAUUCUCAGAGAAAUCAGGUGUAUAAGACAUGGCAGGGCCCCACUAAGCAAGUGGUACCCAACCCAAAUUCUGCAGCCUCAGGAACUGCACAGAAAUACAUGGUGUCGGGUGAGCAUCCCACCAGCCAGCAAUAUCGUUCCAAUGGUGCUAUUGAUCCCAGUGUAAAGGGAGAUGACUCCAACUCGGAUGCCUCUGUAUCAGAAGGAUUGUCUCCCUUGAGGUCUUCCAUGGUGGCAAAGAUUAAGGUUGGGGACUUUCGGCCUUCAGUGACAGAAAAUAAUGCUGGAUUAUUCAAGUCAUCCAUUUCAGUUCCCAACCUGUCUACAUCAAAGACAAACGGCGACUUCAGGUAACCCUAAUUGUUGCAUGUGAUGUACGUAUAUACUCACCUGAGUUACCUAAAAUACUGAAACCACAGCAGAGACACAACCUAAUUGUAAUUAUCUGCCGACAGUUAAUCACCAUGUCCUAGCUCUGAAUCAAAGAAGAAGAAACAAUCUAUAUACCCCGGUAAGCCAUGAAAACAGAGGGACAGGACUUGAAUACAUUUAGCUGCUAAAUGCAUAUAUCUGUUCAAUAUGCAUUUGAAAUGAAGAUCAAUCACAUUGGCAUUUAACUACAUGUAGGUACUCUGAUGGAAAAAUAAAAUACUGUAAUCAAAAUGAGUGAUGAUUUAUGCUAAAAAUGUGUUAAUUUUGAAAACCAUUGGUCAUAAAUGAUUUCUAAUUUUGCAUGUAGUUUAUAAAUAUACAUGCUAGGUAUGAUUGAAUUAUCGAGUUGUUUAAUUUUUCUUUUGUUCCAUGAACAAUUGAUCAUAUUGUGCAAGCUUUCCUUUAUUUGUUUAAUAAUCAGUUAACAAUAAUUCUAGUCUAAAUGUAUAUGUGUACAUAUAUGUAUAAUCUAUCAACAUGAAAAAUGUCAAAUUGAUCACAUCUGUUAUAAAUUUAAUUGUCAAUUCUAACUGAAUUAAAAUCUCCUUAAAUUAGGGGGUAAUAUAGAGAAAAUUCUUGCAACUUUGCAGAUUGCAUUAGAAUAUAACAUUGGGUGCACAUAGCUAUGUAUAGAUACCCCUAUUAGUAUAUUUAUUAUGCAAUGAUUUAUUUUUGUAGAAAAACAAAUUUGCAGAAUAUUGUUCAUGUAUAUACAUGGACUCUUUUAAAGAUUGCAAAAUCUUUUAAUUUUACACACUUAUAAGUGUCACAUUUAUUUAACAUAUAGUGUAGUAUUUGUAUGGGGUCUUUUUACACAUUUUUGAUAUACAUGUAUCUUACACUUUAUAUUCACAUACAGAUUUAAAUAUCUUUCUAUCAUGAUGAAAUUUUUUUUUUCUUAUUUAUAUCCACAUCCUAGCCACAUGUGUAUACAGUAUAUAUGGAAUUCUAUCACUUUUGUUAUACAUGUCAUAUGGGCCUUAUUCGUGAAUUAUUUAUUUUUGUAUAUGAUAUGAUAUUUGUUAAUUAAACUGUUAGAGUUGUGAUCUUCCCCAGUAAUACAUUUAUAACUAUUAUUGUAAGAAAUGGGGUUGAAGCAACCAUUUCUACAUUUGAUAAAUUGAAAAUUCAUCUUGACAAAAUAAAAAUGAUUCCUUGAUAAUUGCACGCCAGGUCAUGUGAUAUUCAUUGUCCUGUAAGUGGCCAGUAGAUUUCCCCUUCCCUCUUCCAACAUCUCUCAAUCUGUAUACAAUGUCUUUCAAUUAUUUGUUUAUGUGAUUACAAAAUUGUUAUUUUGUCUAUUUGUUGUUAAUUUAAUUACAGAAACUGAUCACUGCUUCCACGAACAUUCAUUGAAUUAAGUACAUUCUCUCUGAGUUGUGAUAUCCAAUGUAAAACAUAAUUAUCAUUUGUUUUAUAUAUGUAUAUCCAUGCAUACAUUACAUCACAAUUGUUGGUUAUUUUUGUAUCAUAUAUCACAUGUCAAGCAUAUUUUUUCUAUGAAAUGCUAAUAUUUAUAAAUAUAUUAAAUAUAUAUAUUCUAAAACUUG